CACGCCACUUUAUGGAACGUAGAGAGUAAACACGGGCACCAGUCUACGAAAGUAGCCAUUUUAUAUGGAUUAUUAAAAGUUGUAUUUGCCAAUUUGGGAACAUAAUUAUCUUCCCCGGGGGAAUUAAACCGGAUAUUACCGAUGACGAAAUUAUUGAGAUUGUGUGUAUGUGCGGUCUUUAUUGUGGCUUCUGUGUAUGGCCAAAGUAUACAUAGCUUGAAAAUUGUUCCCGAAAGAAUGUAUCUGUUAACUCAAGAAGGAGAUGAGUUGAAGCUAUACUGUAUUGUACAGUUCAGCAGUAAAUCAAAUGUUGCUGUCACAUUUUCGAAAGAUGGCAUGAUGCUUCAUGUAGGAAAUGAUAAAGGCUAUGAGGUGUAUGUUACAGUGAAGCCGAUCAAUAGUUCUAUGGAUAUAUUGAUGAGUACAACAACAUUGAAGAAGAACGUUACCAAUGUCAAUGAUAAGGGUGUUUAUAAAUGCGAUGCUGAAAGAGGAACAGACACAAAGACAACAAGCAUCACCGUUUAUACAUUCACAGCUUCUGCAACUGAUGCCGAGUUACCUAUCACUACAGAGGGUAAGGAAACACUCAAAAUAGAUUUGGAGUGUAAUGUAAAUGUAAAAGCCGAGAAAGAUCUGGUUGAUUAUGCUGUCACCUGGGAGAGAGAUGGUUCUAAGAUUGAAAACGGCGAUAAAUAUAAUAUGGAGAGUAACACUCUCCAAAUUCUGAAACCGACUAGAGCAGACAUUGGAGAGUACCAGUGUGUUGUUACUUUCUUUCCAACUUCCUCAGUUGAGAAACAUACAGUUCGACAAAAACCGUCCUAUCUUAAAGCUGGCCCUGCUAUAGAUUCUCAUGACAACAACAAAAACUUGGUACAGGGGGAUAGCCUUGAAUUAAAGUGUAAAGUAUCUGGAUUCCCAAAACCUACUGUAUCAUGGUUCAAGGACGGUUCUGAAAUGAACACUACCACCAGGAUACACACACUGGAAUAUGAAGGUGCCAUGGGGAAGCUCAUGAUAUAUUCAUUGGAAGAUGAAGAUGAAGGCUACUAUAAAUGUGUCGCUGAAAAUGAUGUUGCGCCAUUUAACGCUACAGCGGAGAUGAGAGUGAGAGUUAAAGGUUUUGCUACUAGCGCAGGGCCGACAUUCCGCACACUUUACAGAUGGCACAUUAUUUUUGUCUUUGCAAAUGUUGCGAUUUUAUUCUUUAAUGGUAUAACAAAGUUUAAGUUAAUAUAGUGUUUGAAAUAUAUUCAAAUUAUUGGAGUAAUGUCAAGAUUUACUUUUAGCGCAGGACAAACAUCCUGAACAUCCUGCUUAGAUACAAAAUGUAAUAUUGCGUUCACGUUUUGACGAAAAUUACUCUUUAUUCUUCUAAUGUUUUUUUUUUCAGCAAUUCUAACUUAAUUCUGUAAUCACUUGAAUUAUUCCCAUUUAUUCUAAACGUUUAAAUCACAUAUGAUUUGUUUCACAGCAAAUCUAAAGUUUGUUAAAAUUACACAUUAAUUCUCGGAGCUUUAAGAUGAAAGAGAGUUGUAUUGUAUAUGAAUAUGUUAAUAUGCUAAUUUUAUACCUGUUUUAAUUGUUAUUGAAAGUGUACAUAAAUAUUUAGGAAAUUAUUGUGUCUAGUCCUCCAUGGCCGAGUGGUUAAGGUGGCUGACUUCAAAUCACUUACCCCUCAUCGAUGUGGGUUCGAGCCUCAUUCGGGGCGUAGAUUUCUUCAUGUGAGGAAGCCAUCCAGCUGGCUUACGGAAAGUCGGUGGUUCUACCAAAAAAAAAGUGUCUAGGUCAGCAACUCUGACCCUACGUCUAGUAUAUUUGUUUGUCACAAAUCCGGGUUUCCGGCAGCCGUUUUCUGUCAUACCCUAGUGGAUCACUUAAUUUUCUAUAUCUAUAGUGCGUUUAAAUCGACCUGGCGGGGCAGGGCUUUGCGACGGUCCACUGCAUUAUUGUGCAGGAUGUGUACUAUAUUCGGCAACCUGAUUUCUUAUUUAAUGAUCAUCUACCUCACAUUGUAACCAAAGUGGCGUUGAAUUUUAGUCAUCGGUUGCUCUACCUAUUUUGCUCGUUUUUUGAGAUUGUCAUUAUUUGCAUAAUUCAGAGAUUAACACCGACCCGCCAGGUCAAAUAAAAUGCUCUAUAAAAGGGUACAGACAGCUACGUCCUGUCAUAACCCUAGAAUAGGAUAUGGUACAAUCUGGGUUACAGACGGACCUCUUCCGUCACAACCCGCGGGUUCCUUAGCGUAUCCCCAUCUAUAGACUACAGUAUUCAUGGUUUUACUUGUUGUCACAUUUUAUUUAUGAUGAUAUUCUCGUAUAACAACUUGGCUGUUCACUAUCGUUAAAGGCUUUCUAAAUAAAUUUAAAAACCGUUUUCCAGCUUGGUCUUUAAUUGAUCUAGCUUUAGAGUAAACUUGAUAUAUCCAGUGUGCGAAUCUAGGGUAGUAACCGCCCUGUUGAAAUAUCAACUCUUUGGAGCUAUAGCAUGUCUUGAAAGGUUCAUACUGCAUGAAACAUAAGUGAACUUGAGGGUUGCUACUGAAGAGCAUCCUACAGGAUCAGCUUGGUUGACAGUAUUUAAAGUCUGAGCAGGUAGAACGGUUACAUUUUGGCGCUGCGAGCAGCGUAUAUCGACUUUGGCUCAUACUUUAACCAGCUGACAGUUUUUGCAAAUUAAAUGUUUGGUUAUGUCACAUAGAAACAGUCUAAUUGCAAUAUACAAAUUUAAGAUGUAAAUUAGUUGCUUUGACUUCAUUUCAUCAUAGGAUGUAUGUAGGACAAGUUUCCAUCAAUAAAUACUGUAGCCAAGUUUUCUUUUAAGCUUUAUAUUGUAUUCUGCAGUAUCAAGAUUUAGUUUUAUUGAGUCAGGUUUGUGACUGCAAGUGCUAGACGUAUAAAAGUGUUUAGUUUUGUACACUUUCAAGAAUACUAAAUACUUUUUGCCAUUGACUUCCAUACCGGGAGUUAUACAUUUUCUUAAUUCAUACAGAUAUUAGUUACACGCUUUGUCAUUAAAGAUCUAGACUAGCUUGAAAAUAUAAAAAAAAAUGAUAUCUUGAGAGUACGGCUGAGCAUAGGGUUAACACCCAUAAAGAGGUUCUUCAACAUUGCUCAGUCAUGCUUUCACCUUCCCUUGGUAGGUUUUACGUUUUCAGCAGAUUCAAAGGUUAAUUCAGGAAUUCGAGGAAAACCUGGAACUGAGACUGAACAAACACUAUAUCAUCGCUGGAUGUGUUUGAAAUAUAUUAAUUUUUCUCAGUGUGGAAAAUAAAUAUGGCCAUUCUUUUUUUCCAUUUUUUUCAAGUGUUAGGGACCUACCAAGGGCAAGGACAUGUAUAUAUAUUCUAACCAUUACUUUGCUUAUAAUGUUAAAUAUAUUGGUAUCUACAAUUUUUAACAAUUGUUAAUUUGAUAUCAAUGUUUUGAUGUAAAGUUAGAUAUUUUAACAUAGCUUUUUAUGUUAAAUAUAUUGAUGUCUACAAUUUUAAAUAAUUGUUAAUGUGAUAUCAAUGUCUUUGAUGUAGGGUAAGAUAUUUUUUCACUUUGCUUACUACGUUAAAUAUAUUGGUAUCUACAACUUUAACUAAUGUGAUAUCAAUAUCUUUGAUGUUGAAGCGGGAACUGAUCAGUUUGAUAUAGUGAGAUAUAGAGAGACCUAGAGAUAUGACGACAUCUAAUAAUGGGAUAUCAGGAUGUGACAACAUCUGAGUGAUAUUCGGUGGAAUAGGAGGCCCACUUUUAAAACUUAUCAAAUGUCCGCUUAAAAGUUCCUCAUGUUCCUUUGGGACACAUGCUUGGUCAUAUCGUUUGGGCGCUGUCGAAACAGCCGGGGCUUCGUAUUUGAUAAUUGUAUCUUAUAUUCAGUUGUUUGACUGUUUAAACUCCUCAGGUUCCAUUAGGAAUUAUGCCGGACUGUAUAAUUGACGUGCUGAGUGGUUGCAGCUUUGACUAAUUGUAAAUAAUUUAUGUGGAACAGAUGCUGAGUCAUAUUGGGUUUGACUGCUUAAACAGAUAUUUAAGUUUAAUAUUCGGAGGAUUUACCCAUAAAAUAUUCACAUUAAGGAAAUAUACCUGUCCGGUAUGACCUCGUGCUGUUUGGGUCAGCUUUGAUUACUUAUUGAUAGCGAGGUUUUGGUUACAAGUUAUGAAUCAAUCUUAAUCUUGAAAAUUCAUGUUGUUACUUCAUUGUUGGACAUGUUAGCAUUAUUAUGAAACAUAGGGCCCAUGUUCAUUAGCUUGCUGCAUGUAUAAUUCAUCUCUCAUAAUUUUAUCUUAACAAAAAUUCCAUUGUCAUGUUUUUUAUAUAGAGGGGAGGAAUGUACUGGUUUUGCCUUUUUCUAUAUGCUAAUUAGAAGUUUAGUAAAUCUAACUUUAUCAUAUGAAUUAAUUCCCUUUUAUUCUGAGCAUUAAAAUCACAUAUGAUUUGUUUCACAGCAAAUCUAAAGUUUGUUGAAAUUACACAAUAAUUCUUAGAGGAAUUUAAAGUAUCUUUAAGAUUAAAGAGUUGUAUUUAUGAUAUGAACAUAACAUUUAUUGUUUAUAAAUAUGUUAAUAUGCUAAUUUUAUACCAGUUUAAUUGUUAAUGAAAGUUUACAUAAAUACUUAGGAAAUUCUUGUAUCUAGGUCAGCAACUCUGGCCCUAUGUCUAGUAUGUUUGUUUGUCACAAAUCCGGGUUUCUGGCAGCCGUUUUCUGUCAUAUCCUAGUGGAUCACUUAAUUUUCUAUAUCUAAAAGGGUACAGACAGCCAUGUUCUUUCAUAACCCUAAAAUUUGAUAUGAUACAAUUUGGGUUACAGACGGCCCUCUUCCAUCACAACCCACGGAUUCCUUAGCGUAUCCCCAUCUAUAGACUAUAGUAUUCAUGGUUUUACUUGUUGUCACAAUUUAUUUUAUGAUGAUAUUCUCGUACAAUAACUUGGCUGUUCAGUACUGUUAAGGGCUUUGUAAAUAAAUUUGAAAACCGUU